AUGCUGAAGACUGGAUUAAGUCAACUAAACUAUGCCGUAUCUUCUCGUCUUGUUAAAAGUAGAAAACUAAGCAAAUUUACUCGACUUCCUUUAACAUGGUCUAGUUCAGAAGUUAUAUACAGAGAAAAUCAAGUUCCAAAAACUACAGAAAUUUUAAUUGUCGGUGGUGGUAUUAUUGGAUGGGCGACAGCUUUUUGGAUUCGUCAAAGCUCAAAACAUUCUGUUACUGUUGUUGAAAAAGAUUCUACGCUUGCCAAUUCAGCUACACUUCUUGGCCUAGGGUCUAUACGACAACAAUUCUCAGAACCAGAGAAUAUACAAAUGUCAUUAUUUUCAAGUCAUUUCCUGAGAAAUUUCAAAGAACACUUAGCAGUUGAAGAUCAUUCAUAUAAUAUAGAUAUUGAUUUCAAUCCACAAGGUUGUUUAAUGCUGGCAGAUGCUAAAAAUGCUGAUUCAAUGAAAGAGAACCACUUAUUACAAUUAGACUUAGGAGCAAGAGUUGAACUGUUAAGCAAACAAGACAUCUCUACACGUUGGCCUUGGAUAAACACAGAAGAUAUUGAAAUAGGCUGUUAUGGUUAUGAAAAUGAAGGAUGGUUUGAUCCGUCUAAACUGCUUAAAGCAUUGAAAAUAAAAUGUCAUUUUAUGGGAGUAAAUUAUGUGAUUGGUGAAGUUAUCGACUUUGAUGCAAGUCCACAUACAGUGAAGUAUCGUUUCACUGAUAGACCGUUAAGACCUUCAAUAAUGAGUAGACGUUUAAGUUCUGCUACAAUUUCUCUUCCUGACGGAACAAGAGCACGUAUUGGUUUUCACUCAGUUGUUAAUGCAGCAGGUCCAUGGGCAGGGCGUGUUGCUCAAUUAGCUGAAAUUGGCACUGAAUACCUUCCAAUACGAUUACCAGUUGAACCAAGAUAUCGUCAUAUAUUUGUAGUACGACCUAAAAGUGUAAUUAAUCCUGAAGAGAAGACCUAUCCCCUACCGGGUUUAGAUACACCAUUUAUAAUAGAUCAGAAUCGUUUAUUUAUUGAACGUCGUGAUCUUUCCGGUGAAUUUAUUGUCUAUUCUGAUAAUCCUAAAUUUGAUCCAAUUAUUGAAAAACAACAGAAUGAUUUAAGUUGUAAUUCAUCUGGGAAUAAUGAAUUUUUCCAUGAACAUAUUAAACCGUUACUAUGUAAACGGAUACCAGGAUUUAAAGAUGCUGAGGUAACUUCAAGUUGGACAGCUGUAUGCGAUUAUAAUACAUGGGAUCAAAAUUUAAUUCUAAGCUUUCAUCCAUUUCAUAUUAAUAUGUAUUUAUGCAAUGGGUCAAGUGGUCACGGGACACAACAUGCUAUCGCAAUUGGUAAAGCAGUAACUGAAUUAAUCUUAUUUAGUCGAUUUAAAACAUUAGAUCUAGUACGCUUUUCAUUUGAUCGUUUCUAUUUCAAUGAAGCUGUCAAUGAAAGUAAUUGUUUCUAAAAAAUGAAAAGAAAAAAAACAAGAAUAACUUUAGUCUUCUUAUUCUGUAUAUUGUAAAUAUUGUGA